GUCUCGUCAACACAGUGAAGUGAAAGAAAGAAAAAAAUUCCGAUGAAAUGUUGGUUGGAAAAUGGAGAAGUAGUAGGAGCAUUUCAUUGACAUUCUGUCCGUGUUUAUGGAUUGUGCGUAGAAGCUUGCGUUCAGACGCAGCGUUGGAAGCAAUAUCCAAAGCUUCUGAAGAUAAAGUUCCCAACAUUGUUCUCUACAAUUACCCUUCAUUUUCUGGAGCAUUUUCCUCUCUCUUUGCUCACCUCUUCCACACUCGUCACAAUCUCCCUUCUCUUUCCUUGCCUUUCUCUUCUGUUCCCUCUCUCGCUUUCAGGGUUGAAGAUCUGUGCAUUCAAGGCCUUCAAACAUGUUAUCUGCUUGACUUUCUUCCUCCAAAUGAAUUCCUUUUCAGACUUUCCCAUCAAUCAAAAUGCAAGAUUAUUGGGUUUGAUCAUCGCAAAUCAGUGCUUAGGCAUAUUCCCUCUGCAAAUCAGUGUCCUGAUAAUAUUGUGAUUAAUGUUAAUCAUGAGAAAAGUAGCUCCAGAGCUGUUUAUGAAUACUUUACCAACAAACACCAGGAUAUGAAAACUUCUAAUGGUGUGGUUCCAAGUUUGUUGGAGUCAAAAGAUAAAGAUCGCAUGGAGCUGAUUCUGAAGUAUAUUGAGGAUGGAGAUCUUCGCCGAUGGAGUUUGCCUGGCAUUAAGUCCUUUCACAUUGGACUAAGUGAAUGGCGGUCAAGGUUUAGCUGCAUUUCAAACCCAUACAUGUAUAAGCAGUUGCUGGAAUUGAGUGUUGAAGGGUUAAUUGCUAAAGGAAAUUCAUCUCUUUCAGCCCGCCGGAAUGCUGCAAGUAAAUUGCUGGAAAAGGUUUUCAGGGUUCGGCUAGGUAGAGGAUUUUAUGGAGAGUGCCUGGGAGUCCGAGCAGAUGGAAAUUCUAACUUAAGUGAUGAAAUUGGCAUGCUUCUUAGUGUAAAAAGUGCUGCUAUUGGUCUGAGACCCAUAGGGGCUGUGAUAUUCAUGCAACGGAAUAAUCUCAAAAUGUGCUUGCGCAGCUCUGAUAGUGCUACUGAUACAUCUGAAGUUGCUAAGGCAUACGGUGGAGGAGGUUCUGCAAGUUCAAGCUCCUUUAUAAUAAGGAUGGAUGAGUAUAACCAAUGGAUUUCAGCAAAUUCAUUAUGAUGGUUUCUGGGUUUGAAUAUCUAAUUCUGGCUUGAUAAAUUUACACGCUGCCUUUAGGAAUUGAAAUCAUCAGUGUGACAAUGGCUUGUGACACUCAAUGUAAUAUAUCAAACUUCGUGGCAAAAAAGGGAUCUAUCGAGGCAGAGACAGAGGAUGUGGUGACUGUAGUGUUAUCUUAACUUAUCUGCCUGUCCUGAUAAUUGGUGCUGCACAUGAUGAGAGUUAAGAAGGUAUAGCAUGAGCAAGAACGAAGCAUAUAUCUUGGGAGUAAACAGGCUACUGUUGAGGAGUUGUUGUUUUAAGGACAAAGAUGUUGAAGUAAAUGAAAAGGAAGUAACAGUCCUGGUUUCUACGUCUGAUGAAUUUUGAGGCUUUUAUACUCAUUAGUUAUUUCCAACUUCAUAAUUUUUUGUUGGGAGUUUCUACCUCGAGUGAUUUUGUUACUAGUUUUUUUUUUUUUAAUCAUUUUCAGCACAAACCCAAAAAUCAAAAUAGUUAAGUAGUAUUAAAUUAUUAGUUUAAGUGACUUAUAUCCUUGCUAUCUUCACUUCUUUUACUUGUAUCCUUAA